AUGAGUACUUUGCAUGAGCCAGCAGAACCAAUUGCUGACGGCAUCAUUGCUACUGCAAAACAGGCAUGGGGCGAUCUGUUCAAGUGGAAGCAGCGCGUCCUCGUGACCAACGAAUACGGUGAGUCUCGUGCUGAGUGGCAGGCCCCAGACCGUCUUCAGAAUCCCAUUAGCUUGUUUCUUCAGCUCAGCGCACGAGACUGGCUGUUUUUCAUCGUGGGUUUCGUUGCAUGGACUGCGGAUGCCUUUGACUUUCAUGCGCUGUCCAUUCAGACCGUCAAGUUAUCCAAAUACUAUGACCGCUCCAAAACAGAUGUCACAACAGCCAUCACGCUCACUCUGCUGCUCAGGAGUGUUGGAGCGGCAUUUUUCGGUCUAGCUGGUGACAAGUUUGGUCGCAAGUGGCCAAUGGUCAUCAACAUGAUAGUCCUCGGAGCGCUGCAGAUCGCCACCAUCUACAGCCAGACCUUUCAGCAGUUCCUGGCGGUGCGAAGUCUCUUUGGUCUCUUUAUGGGUGGUGUAUAUGGGAACGCGAUCGCCAUGGCGUUAGAACAUUGCCCUGUCAAUGCUCGUGGUCUCAUGUCCGGCAUUCUCCAGCAAGGGUACUCUCUCGGAUAUGUGUUAGCAGCAUGCGCCAACCUCGGAGUGGGUGGCUCAACCGACAGCUGGAAAACCGUCUUCUGGAUCGCAGCCGGCAUCUCAAUCGGCGUUGGGAUCAUCCGCAUCUUCUUCCCCGAAUCCAAACAGUUCAUCGAAGCCAAAAGAGCCGGCAAAGUGUCCGCCGACCCGGGAGUCUUCUGGCGUGAAACCAAGCAAAUGCUCGCCCAGGAGUGGAAGAUGUGCAUCUACUGCGUGAUCCUUAUGACCUGGGAUCAAAUCCAGUUCAACUACUACUCACACACCUCCCAAGACAGCUACACCACCUUCAUGCUCACCCAAAAAGACCUGAACAACGCCGCCGCCUCUCGCGCCUCCAUCCUCAUGAAAACCGGCGCCUGCGUCGGCGGCACCAUAAUCGGCUACCUGUCACAAUUCUUCGGCCGGCGUCGCGCGAUCAUCGUCUCCGCCCUCAUCUCAGCAAUCCUCAUCCCCGCCUGGAUUCUCCCAGAGGGCGAGCGGUCCCUCAGUGCAACGGGCUUCUUUAUACAAUUCUUCGUCCAGGGCGCGUGGGGCGUGAUUCCCAUUCACUUGAACGAGUUGUCGGCUCCGGCGUUUCGAUCCUCGUUUCCAGGAAUCACCUACCAAGUAGGAAACAUGAUCUCCUCGCCCUCGGCACAGAUCGUUAACGCGAUCGCCGAGAAGACAUUUGUCAAGUCUCCCUCUGGGAAACAGGCCCCGGCGUACGGGCCUGUGAUGGGUGUAGCGACGGCCAUUAUCGUGAUGGGAAUCAUUGUGACGACUGCUUUUGGGCCGGAGAAGAGGGGAAGAAGGUUUGAGAGUGUUGUUGCGGGGGUGAGUGAGGGGACGGUGGCGAAGAAGGAGAUGGAGCUGGAGGAGGGGAGGAAGGGAGAGGUGGGUUUGGAGAAGGUAUAA